GACUUAACGAUAUAAUAAACACUUUGUUUUCGACCUCUCUUCUCCAAAAACAACAUCGCCGAAAUUAAUUGAAAAUCCGGUGAGACGAUUUUGAAUUCACUCCUUCCUUCUUCUUCUUCCUUUUCUUCAUUAUCUCAAUUGAGCUAGUUUUGGUAUCACUCCUGACGAAAUUUGAAUCUCUCUGCCAUUUUCUCUUCUCGCAUCUGUGCUUUGGAGCUGUAUAUGUUUCUCGUGCGACUGGGCUAUUUCGGGAAAGAUUUAGGUGUUUCUGGGUAGUCACUGCUGACCGAUUUCUGUUAAAUGAUUGAUUCAGAUAUUUGAAUUCACAUCGAAACCAAAUCUUUGCUUUGGGAUUGAAUACUGUUUUUUCUUAGCAUUAAUUUCGUUUUGGGUGAGUGAUUUGAUAUUUAGAGGGUUAAUUUCUGAUUUGGUGAUAUUUUGAGAAUUUUGGGUUCUUUAUUAUUAUAAUUGGUAGCGGGAAAUUUAUACGUUCCUUUGUGGACCUUUCAACUUCUGAAUGUGGAAAGAUUUUUGAGAAUCUUAGAAAGUUAUCAUCAUCCUUACGUAAGAGUGAUUCCAUAUGGAGAAUGGGUUAUGGGAGGUUUUAGGUUCAAAAGGGUUGUUGAAGAAACACGAAUUCAUUAGGAUUUUGGUUCAAUGCUUAUACUCUUUAGGAUUCAAGAACUCUGCUUCUUGUUUGGAAAUCGAGUCGAACAUCUCGUGUAAAUCUGCGGAUUAUGAGUCUCUUGAAAAGCGAGUUUUGAGUGGUGAUUGGGAUAGUUGCGUAGCGGUUCUGGACAGGAUUUUUGAUCAUUCCAAGGAUGAUACGAGAAACACGGCUGUAUAUUUAGUGUUUAAGCAAUGUUUGUUGGAGUAUUUGAAACGUGGGGAUGUUUCUUUGGCCUUGAAUGUGUUACGGAAGCAAGCUCCGAUGUUAAGGAUGGGGAAAGAGAAGAUUCACAGGCUUGCUUGUGAUAUUGUUUAUUCGAAAGAGAUGGAGUCCGGUGAAGUAGACAGCUGUUUGGUUCAGGGUUUGAGGAAAAAGUUGUUGGUUGAACUGGAGAAGUUGAUUCCCUUGCCAAUUGUUAUUCCUAAGAGAAGGUUGGAACAUUUGGUUGAGACUGCUGUGAUGGACCAGAUUGAUUCAUGUCUCUAUCAUAACUCAUGGGAUGCAGUAUCACUUUACAAGGAUCACUGUUGCGGUAGAGAUCAAAUUCCUUCAGAGACAGUCCAGAUUUUGAUGGCACACAAAAAUGAAGUCUGGUUUGUGCAAUUCUCUAAUAGUGGCAAAUAUCUGGCCACUGCAUCAAGCGACUGUACAGCUAUAAUAUGGAAGGUAUUAGAUGAUAGCAAAGUCGAACUGAAGCACACGCUUGAGAGCCACCAAAAUCCAGUUUCUUUUGUCUCUUGGAGCCCUGACGAUACUAAACUGCUUACAUGCGGAAACGCCGAGGUUCUUAAGCUAUGGGAUGUUGACACAGGUGUGUUGAGACACACAUUUGGAAACAACAAUACUGGAUUCACUGUCAGCUCUUGCGCAUGGUUCCCUGACUCAACUCGGCUUGUCUGUGGCAGUUCUGACCCAGAAAGAGGGAUUGUAAUGUGGGAUACUGAUGGAAACGAGAUCAAAGCCUGGAGAGGAACGAGAAUUCCAAAGGUAGUGGAUUUGGCUGUGACGCCGGAUGGCGAGAGUAUGAUUACAGUGUUUUCGGAUAAAGAGAUCCGGAUCUUGAAUUUAGAGACAAAAGUCGAACGUGUAAUCCCUGAGGAACAGCCAAUUACUUCCCUUUCGAUUUCUGGUGAUGGAAAGUUUUUUAUAGUCAACUUGAGCUGCCAAGAGAUACAUCUUUGGGAUCUUGCUGGAGAGUGGAAACUACCAUUGAAGUUCUCGGGUCACAGGCAGAGCAAAUACGUGAUACGGUCAUGUUUUGGUGGGUUGGACAGUUCGUUCAUUGCCAGUGGAAGCGAGGAUUCACAAGUUUACAUAUGGAAUCUAAAGAACGCAAAGCCGCUUGAAGUGUUAUCAGGUCAUUCCAUGACUGUGAACUGUGUUAGCUGGAACCCGAAAAAUCCUCGGAUGUUGGCCUCUGCUAGUGAUGACCAAACCAUCCGUAUUUGGGGACCGGGCAAACCGAACAAACCCGAGAACUGAUUAGAUAACCAGAAGGCGUAGUAGCUUUAAACCAGGACCUAGUUCUAGUAGUUCCACAUUUGUGUAUAGUUCAUUUCUUUUGUUCCUUAUUGGCUUUGCAGAACAAUUUCUUGCUUUUUGAGUUUUGGUACACGGAGAACCGGAUUUGAGAUGACUAGAUGAGACAGAGUUGAAACCAAA